UCAUCCCUUUCUGACCUGACCUUGCUGCUUGGCUUGCGCGUCAAUCAUCAACGACCACCUGAACAUACUUCCGAAUCCCUGAUUACUAGUUUAACACUUAAUUUCGUACUCGACGCGAGUCCGUACCCGACGCGAAACCCAUACAACGCGACACCACCCCUUCGCAAUGGAGAACCCAGCCGAGGACAUCCACGGCGUCUUCAACGCGCUCACGAUGGCGGCGAACGCAGAUGUGCAGCGCGCGGCCGUGAACAAGUACUUCCUCCCGAACGCGGGCUUCCGGCACCCGCUCUGCAGGGUGGAGCCCGGGUUCUUGAGCAGGGAUAACAUUCUGGGCGUGUACCAGUGGUACAGAAUUAUGUCCCCCAUACUCGAAGCGGAGAUCAUCGACGUCGUGUUCCAUCCGGACAAGAACGUUAUGUACCUGGAGGGCUCGCAGAAGUUCCACAUCCGGUUGUCACCCUUCGCUCCUGCGCCUGCAAGGAUCAUUAUCCGCCUCACACUGCAGAAAGACCAGUUUUCUGGGCUCUACUACAUUGCCCAGCAAGAGGAUUUCUACCACCCUGACGACUUCAUCAACCUCCUCGUCCCCCCACUCGCGCCCUUCAUCCGCCUCGCGCUCGACGGGGCCGGCGUCGUGAGCAACAUCUGCGCUAAGGUCGGCCAGGUCGUCGGCUACUGGCGCCCGGGCGGGGGCCCGCAUGCGGAGAGCGGGGAGGAUGUGUGCGUCUCGCCGACCGGGAAUGGUGGCGCGUACGUCUCGGAACCGCUGUAUGAGGAGUCGGACGUGGAGAGCAAGCGGAAGUGAGAGAUGGGCGGACCUUUGAGGCGCCGGGGAGGAUGAGCCGGCUUCGGAGGCGUGGGGAGGAUGGGCCUCUGGACCUCAACGUCGCGAGGCUUAUCCGCCGCUGGGAAUAUGGAGCUCGCGAUGCGAUGGGGGAGGAGGCGAGUGAAGUUUGCGGAGGAAGAGGAGAUGGACGUCUGUGGAGGAAGAGACGGAGGAUGAUGAAGGUCACAUUGAGGAGACCUCUGAGCAGCACGGUCUGUCAUAAGACGAUCGACCUGCGCUGCGCUGUGUAUAUAACCAUUGUUAUCUUCUGCUUUGGACUGUACUGAAUACGUUACGACCUAGUGUAUCCUCUCCUUAUUC